AUGGGCUUGUCUGGUACUACAUCUCCUCAUGUGGGUAAUCUUAGCUUCAUGAAAUCUAUCCAUCUUGGAGAAAAUAAAUUUCAUGGUGGGAUUCCCCAAGAAGUCGGUCUACUGUUCCGUCUAAGAUUUCUUAACAUGUCCAAUAACAACUUAAAAGGAGAAAUUCCGGUUAACUUGAGCUGGUGCUCAGAGCUCAGAGUCGUAGACUUAAUAUCAAACCAGCUGGAAGGAAAGGUGCCAAAUGAGCUUGGGUCUUUGAAGAAGCUUGUGGCCAUUUACCUUAAUGAAAAUAAUUUGACAGGUGAGAUUCCUCGGUCGCUUGGAAAUGCAUCUUCAAUGACAGAACUUGCUCUCGCAUACAAUCACUUGAAUGGGAAUUUGCCAAAGGAGUUAGGCUUGCUUAAAAGCUUGUCAUGGAUUAUAGUCGGGGUAAAUGACUUGGUUGGUCACAUCCCUCCCUCUGUUUUUAACAUAUCUACCCUGACAUCCUUUGUAGCAGUGGAAAAUAGGCUCCAGGGAAAGCUACCAGCCAACAUAGGCCUUGCCUUACCAAAUCUGGAAGAGUUGGAACUCGGUGGAAACCAAUUCCAUGGCAAUAUUCCAACUUCUAUUACCAAUGCUUCCAAGCUUCAAUUCUUAGAUUUGUCCCAAAACAAAUUCGAGGGGCAAGUACCGACUAAUCUGGGAGAUUUACCAAAUCUUCUGGGGUUAAAUCUUGCAAUGAAUCUCCUAGGAAGUAGCUCUGCUGGGGACUUGAGUUUUCUCCCAUCUUUGACCAACUGCAGCAGGUUACAUACACUUGACUUCCCUUUGAACCAUUUUGGAGGUGAAUUACCAAAGAACAUCGGUAAUCUCUCAUUGCAACUCACCUAUCUUCAUAUGGGAUAUAAUAAUAUCUCAGGAACUAUCCCUAUAGGAUUUGGAAAUCUUGUCAAUCUAAACAUAUUGAGCAUGCCGCAGAACUCCUUUACAGGUGGCAUUCCAGGGGAUUUUCCUAAAUUGCAAAAGUUGCAGGCCUUGGACCUAGCAGAAAGUAAGUUGUCGGGACAAAUACUAUCCACACUCUGCAACAUUACCUCUCUAUACUAUGUUGACUUAUCCAAAAAUAGCUUAGAAGGUAAUAUUACCCGUUUUCUUGAGAAUUGCAAAAAUCUAGGACAACUCUCCCUUUCCUGGAACAACUUCAAUGGCAGCAUAUCUGCACAUAUCUUUGGCUCAUACUUCUCACUAAUUAGUCUAGACUUGUCUCAUAACUCAUUGAUUGGUUCCUUGCCAUCUGAAGUAGGAAAAUUAGAAGGCCUCAAUGAACUUGACAUUUCCUACAACAAUUUACAUGGAGAAAUUCCAGGAACACUAGGUGAUUGUUCAAGCUUGGAGGAGCUUUACAUGCAAGGCAACUUUUUCCAAGGAACAAUUCCAAUCCAUUUGGCUUCUCUAAAGGGCAUCCAAAAAUUAGACCUUUCAAGCAAUAACUUGACUGGACCGAUACCUCAAGGUCUAGAGAAACUUAUGUUUCUGAAAUAUCUAAACAUUUCUGUCAAUGAUCUUAACGGUGAGGUACCAACUGAAGGAGUUUUCAGGAAUGCAAGCCAAAUAUCAUUAGCUGGAAACAGGAAACUUUGUGGAGGAAUUCCUCAACUACGUGGUUCUGAUUUCAAUGAUCUUGUUAGCAUAUGUUAUUGGAUAUAA